AUGGACCUUACAAACACGUCCGAGCUGUCUCCGUACACGAUCGAUUCUAGAGUUGUCGAAGAGACCUAUUGGGUAGUCCUCGAAGGGUGGAAUCUACGCGAUAUGUCCAAGCUGCACAAUUUAUCCAAGCAGGACGAGUUGAGAAAGCAAUGGAGCACUGUAAACCAACUCAACAUCCGAUACAUCGACUUCCGAAACAACAAAUAUCUCAUCUGGGGCUUCACAACUCUAUCAGAAGCUGCGAAAGCUCAUAACAAACCUGUUUACUUUGAGGGUACUGAAGCUCAAGCUAUACCCAUCGACAUCAAGGGUAUACCAGUAUUCUGUAGACGGUGCUGCAGACCCGGUCACAUGGCGGCUGAAUGCGGAGAGAAGAAUUCGAGCACGACGGACGACGACGAGUGGCCGUGUCUUAUCUGCGCAAAGAAGCACAGGAAGAGAGGAGAUACGCCUUGCAGCAUUCGCAAGUGUUGCAUCAACUGUUUGCGAGACACCUUUGGUCAGUAUGGCAGUGGUUUGCCCGACCUUGAAGGGCUAGCAUCUCAUCCGGCUCUUGGUCACGGAGCAGAAGAUCCCGCUUGUCCGCACCAAGCAUCAAACGAAUAUCACAAAGACUGCUUUAUGCGGCGAAAAACUCCUCCAGGAUACACCUUGCGUGCUAGAUUUCUGCGUCCCGAAGAUUGCCGGGCUCUUACGAACCACAAGAACAAGCAGAAGCGGGUUGGGAGCGAACACGACGUACCCCCAUUGACUUCAUACCCAGAUCACUUCAUGUCUGAUGGAAUGGUGAGCGGGCGAACUACCCCCCGUCCACGCAUCGGCAUCAAUUCGUUUGAUAAGGUCUCGGCGAAGUUCUGGUCGUUCAAGAUCGGCUUCAGCUAA